AUGGCCGUGAUUCCACUGUUGGUACUGUUGCAGUCUCAGAUAAUCUACAGUGUCACUCUUGCUAAAUGUCAGGUCAGCGAACCUCUUCCCAUUCCCCGAUAUUUAAAGACUGGACAGCUGAUCCUUGGUGCCAUAACAUUUCAAAUCUAUAUGCUUUCUGAACCACUAGCAUUUCAAAUGCCACCCUCUCAUGAACAACCUGGAUACCCUUUAUUCUUGACACAAAACUAUCAGAACACCCUGGCCUUGGCAUUUGCUGUGAAGGAAAUCAAUGAAAACCCUCACUUCCUACCCAACGUCACCUUGGGCUUCCAUAUUUACAACAGCAACUUCAUCGGAAGCUGGACCUAUCGUAGUGCAAUGGAGCUUCUUUCAACAAAGGACAAAUUCAUCCCCAACUAUAAGUGUGACGGCCAGAACAAUGCAGUAGCUGUCAUUGGAGGACCCAGUACAAAAAUCUCUCUGGACAUGGCAAGUAUCCUGUGUAACUACAAGAUUCAACAGUUGCACCAUUUUCUGAGGACCGUCUCGUUUAACAAUAAUGCUGGGGAACCAGUUUCCUUUGAUGAAAGUGGGCAAUUGGUGUCAGGAUUUGAUAUCAUCAACUGGAGCACAUUGCCAAACCAGUCCCUCCUUAGAGUCAAAGUUGGAAGUUUAGAUACACCUACUCCUGAAGAAAUGAAGUUGACCAUUCAGGAGAAUGCCAUUGUUUGGCCCACCAGUUUUAAUCAGCCCCUUUCGGUGUGCAAUGAUCAUUGUCUUUCAGGUCAUAGAAAAACGAUGAAAGAAGUGAAGCUAUUUUGUUGCUAUGACUGCCUUCCAUGUGCAGACGGAAAGAUUUCAGCACAAGAGGAUGCAGAUGACUGUGUUCCAUGUCCAGGAGAUCAAUAUGCAAACUUCCAUCGAAAUGCAUGCAUUACCAAAGAGAUCACCUUGUCUUACCAAGAAUCUUUAGGAAUUCUGUCUUUGAUUUUUGCAUUCUCCUUUGCUUUCAUGACAGCAGUGGUGCUUGGUGUCUUCAUUAAGCACUAUGACACACCUAUUGUCAAAGCCAACAACCAGAGCCUCUCCUACCUUCUCCUCAUCUCUCUUCUCUUCUCCUUCCUUUCUGCUUUCCUUUUCAUUGGUUGGCCUACAGCACUGACAUGUCUUCUUCGACAAACUGCUUUUAGCUUCCUAUUUUCAGUAGCAAUUUCUUGGGUGUUGGCUAAGACCAUCAUUGUAGUUCUCGCUUUCAUGGUCACCAAGCCAGGAUCUGGAAUAAAGAAAUGGGCAGGGAACAGAUUGACUAAUUCUGUUGUCUUUUCUUGCUCCUUUAUUCAAAUUAUUCUUUCUGCAAUUUGGCUGGCAACCUGCCCAUUUCCAAAUUUUGACAUGUAUUCUCUGCAUGAAGAAAUUAUACUGGAAUGUAAUGAAGGGUCAACCAACAUGUUUUACUGUGUCUUGGGCUUCAUGGAGAUUCUUGCCCUGGUCAGUUUCUUGGUAGCCUACCUAGCUAGGAACUUGCCUGACAGCUUUAAUGAAGCCAAGUUGAUCACGUUCAGCAUGCUGAUCUUUUGCAGUGUGUGGUUGUCUUUUUUCCCAGCCUAUUUAAGCACCAAGGGCAAAUACAUGGUAGCUGUAGAGAUCUUCUUCAUCUUUGGCUCCAGUCCAGGAUUACUGGGUUGCAUUUUUUUACCCAAAUGUUAUAUUAUUCUUUUCCAGCCUGAACUAAAUAAAAGAGAACAGCUAGUUAGAAGGAAAUAG